AUGGCUAGUCUGCUGACCAAGAAAAUGAUGAAAGAGUGGAAAAAUCUUUCCUGCUUAAGUUCAGAGGAACCACGUCUUUAUCAUCUGAAACCACAGGAUUCAAAUGUAUGCAUAUGGCAUUUGUUAUUGAAAGAACCAAGAACUUUCAUGGAGAUAUACAUCCAACUCUAUAUUGCUGAUGGCAAAAGAUCUGAAAUAGAGCAAUACGAACAAUCAGCGGUGAUCAUUCGAUGUUUAACACCAAACAAUUUACUCCCUAUAAAUAGGAAUGUUUCAUUAUCACAUCUCAGUCAUAUAAUCGUGGAUGAAGGUCUAAAUACAUUUAUUAUGAACCUUUGGCAUACUUUUUUUGCGACAAACUACACAUCUGAUAACAAAUUUCACUCAACAAUAAUAAAUGCAUCGAUGUCUCAUAUAUGGAAUAGAAUCAUGUGUCGAAGUUUCAAAAUUCAUUUUCCUGAUCUAGUUGGAAUAUUACAAAGUGGAGAUUAUCGUACAAUCAAAAGUUAUUCGAAAUGGUUAAGAAGUGUGUACCCAUCGCAUUGUGGUAUUUACAACAACAACAACAACAACAAUAAUAAUAAUAAUAAUAGUAUAAACACAGACAUUUUUCAAAAUUUGAUCUUUCAGCAUUCAAUAGACAAUAAUAAUAAAAAGAAUGGUAAAAACAACUAUAACAACCAAAGUGCGAGGAAUUCGCAUUUCAACACAAAAACUACUCAUCAACCAAGUCCUUGUGAUGUAUAUAAUAUGUCAUAUUCGUAUCCGUUUAACCAACAGAGAAGAUCAAUAUUUAAUAGGCAAACAGAAGAUAUAGAUAUGUUCGAUUUAGACCCAAAUUAUGAUGAUGUUAGUAUAAAGAGGAGAGGAGCAUCGGACAUCAAACAAUCAAACUCAUAUAAGAAAAGUAAAUUUUAA